GCUGAGUGUCUGGUGAUUUGUCCGACCAGUUCUAAGUGAUGGGUUCAUAUUCUGGUAGUUGUGAAAUUAUUGAGGUGAAAGAUGAGCUGGUGAUGUUCCAACGUUCUGAAAGGUCAGGACAAGUACGAGAAUCAGGCAGAAAACAGAAGCCUCCUUUGGUUAGAAAAGGACCUAAUAAAUUCUUAGAAGAUGAUAUUAAUCAUCUUUUUGCAUCCAUCGAUCUAAGAUCAUCAAAAAGUCUGGAUUUGUCAGAUCAUGUGAGAAGAGAUGCCUCAAAAAGGCCGAUGAGGGGCGGUGGAUCUCAUUCUCCAGGAAUUGGGUUUUCAGAGCCAGUCUCUCUGAAGCAGGCCUUACGGGGUUUAUGCAUUUCACAGGCGGCAGAAAUGGCGGCAAUGAAGCGGCUAUCCAAGCCACCGGGUUCUCCAAGCAUUACAGAAGCUGGAAGGAUUACAAGCUCUUACAGGUUUGCAGAUCCAAGCGAAUCUGGUUUCAUUCACACAGAGAGACUAGUACAAGAUGAAAGCACUUCAGGAACACUCGACAAAGUGCCCCAUUACCGCCAAGAACUGUAUGUUAAAUCAGCAAACCAUAGUCCCCAUUCUUCUCCACGACUUGUCAUUAAGCCAUCCAUCUCAAUGCGCCAAAAUAACAGAAUAGUGCCGGCAGAAAGCACGUCUAACUCUUCUCAGAGGCCGCCUCAGUACAUUGGAGAUCCAAAGCUACAGUCACGAGGUCAAAGUACCCUUUGUUCUCCUAAAUGUGUUAGUAAACAGACUAUUAAGAGUGCGGAGUCCGUUGCCAAGCAAAAUGAGAGAAUAUUUCUGGAAGAAAAUGUCCCGAACUAUGGUAAAAAGGUCUCUCAACAGCUUACACAAGCAAAGGUGAGGUUACCAAACCAAAACACUUCACGUUCGCCUAGACUUGUUGAUAAGCCAGUUAUUGUGUCUGCUGAGUCAACUGUGCGGCGAAAAGAGAGGACAAUGCCAGCAGUAAGCACAUCAAGCACUUCACAAAAGAUGCCUCGAUACCCCGAAGAACCCAAGAUGAAGUUACCAGACCAAAGUGUCCUGUCUUCUCCUAGAUCGGUUGAAGUACCAAUUAUUCAGAGUUUUAACUCCCCUCACCUGAAAAAGGAGAAUGCAUCUGUGUCGAAUCUUCAUGAGAUUAAAUCACUACGAACUGUGUCAAUUGAGGAAGAAGUCCAAACUUCAGUUGCAUCCUCAUCAUCAUUUACCUCUAAUAAUGAUGUUUUGGGGUCUGGACCAAAAAAUUUGCAGCAUAAUUCCAAUAGAAGUGCGGUUGCAUCAUUUAGAAUAGCAAACAAAAAAGCUCCUAAGCUGAGACGGAAAGCCAUAUUGCAAAAUGUCUCUUCAUCUACUGCCACGAGAAGCAACAAGGAGAGCAAAUCAAACAAAAACACCACUCAGACUGCAAAGCCAGCAGUCAAGCACAAGACCCUUGUCAAGAAGAAAGCGAAACCAGAAGCAACAGCAACAUCCGGCACUUUUAAUCUGACCUAUGAAGUAAAUGGUCCAAUGGAAUCACCUAAGCAACUUAUCUGUCAGCAAUGUCAGUGUGCUCUCAAGAAUGUAGGAAAUGAGUCUGGUAAGGGACCUACAAUUCAAGGUUCUGGAUGUACAGCCGCUGAAGCAAGUGAAAAUAGCAAUAACUGUCAUGCUACUAAACCAGGCUUCGCCAAUAACUGCCAUGAUGACAGGGUUACCCCUGUCUUGAAAUUCAACAAGGCAUCAAAAUCUAGAGAGCCAGGGGACUUUUCACAGAGCUCAAAGAGUAGUAUUGGUGAUUACAGUUGUAGCACAACCAUCAGUGACGAGAGCAAUCUAAGUGGGUCUAGUACUGGGAAUAGGCCACACAUGUCUAAAGACGGCAGGUGGGAGGCUAUCAAUCAGGUGAGGAAACAUCACGGGUUCUUGGGGUUAAAUCAUUUCAAUUUAUUGAAGAAGCUUGGUUGUGGAGACAUUGGCACAGUGUAUCUUGCUGAGCUGCUGGAAACUAAUUGCUUCUUUGCAAUAAAAGUUAUGGAUAAUGAAUUUUUGGCAAGAAGGAAAAAGUUGCCAAGGGCCCAAACUGAAAGAGAGAUUUUGAGAAUGCUAGAUCACCCUUUUCUACCUACGCUCUAUGCGCAGUUUACAUCGGACAACUUAUCAUGCUUAGUUAUGGAGUUUUGUCCAGGUGGUGAUUUGCAUGUCCUCAGGCAGAAGCAGCCUUGCAGAAAUUUUCCUGAACCAGCAGCACGGUUUUAUGUGGCUGAAGUCCUCCUUGCUCUGGAGUAUCUGCAUAUGCUUGGAGUUGUAUAUCGGGAUUUGAAACCCGAAAACAUACUGGUCCGGGAAGAUGGUCACAUCAUGCUUACAGAUUUUGACCUCUCACUCAGAUGUUCAGUUAAUGCCACUCUUCUAAAAUCAUCUUCAUUGGGGGUUGAAGCUCCCAGGAUUUCUGGUCCAUGCGCGGGCUCUAAUUGUAUUGAUCCAUUUUGUUCUGGACCGUCCUGUCAAGUUUCUUGCUUUAGCCCCAGAAUUUUACCUGCCACCGCACGAGCAAGAAGGCUGAAAGCAGAAGCUGCAGCCUUUAACAGAUCAUUGCCUCAGCUUGUGGUAGAGCCAACAGAAGCACGGUCCAACUCAUUUGUUGGUACACAUGAAUAUUUGGCUCCCGAGAUCAUUAAAGGUGAGGGCCAUGGGAGUGCUGUUGAUUGGUGGACUUUAGGUGUUUUUCUUUACGAGCUUCUAUAUGGGAAGACACCAUUUAAAGGUUCUGGAAAUGAAGAAACUUUGGCCAAUGUGGUCAUGCAGAACCUCAGAUUUCCCGAUAGCCCGCUUGUCAGUCUUCAGGCAAGGGAUCUAAUCAGAAGACUUCUUGUGAAGGAGCCUGAGAAUCGAUUGGGAACAGAAACAGGGGCUGCUGAGAUUAAACGACACCCCUUCUUCGAUGGUAUGAACUGGGCAUUGAUAAGGUGUGCCAUUCCACCUGAAGUACCUGAUCUUUGUGACAUUGGAUUUACAAAACUAGCUUAUAAGGAGAAGAGCAACAUGUUUUUAGAGUAUAGUUCAAAAGAGCAUUCAGAAUUUGAGUUGUUCUAGUAAAUCUCUAUACCACUCUGGUUAGGAUGUACCCUCUGCAUCCACUCCUUGUAAUUAUGUGAUAUAAAAUGCUGAGAACAUGGGAAUUUUUCAUCUACAUCACAAGAAUCAAAGUUA